AUGUCCCGGAUGAUGUCCAGCCGGCUCCUGGCAGGAAGCCAUGCGGUCAGCUUGGUACCCUGUGAAGAGCCCAGGAGGGCCCUGCACCCAGGCCCCAGCCCCGGCCUGCCACCCCAGUGUUCUUACUAUACCAUGGAAGGCUGGGGAGCCCAGGCCCUAUUGGCUUCCACGCCCCACAAGGGGCCCCCCAGCAAGCUCCAGCAGGCCUCACAGGCUGAGUCCACAGCCACCUGCUUCAAGCAGUCCCCUGGCGAGCAAGCCUUGGGGACCCCAGAGGAACUUGAUGCCUACAUUGACUUCUCGCUGGAGAGCCUCAACCAGAUGAUCCUGGAGCUGGACCCCACCUUCCAGCUGCUUCCCCCAGGGACUGGCAGCCCCCUGGCCAAGCCUGCCCACAGCACUGCCUCAAAAAGAAAGGAUGAGGAGCCUGAAGCCUUGGAUAUCAAGUACAUCGAGGUGACCUCCGCCAGAUCACGGUGCCAUGAUGUCCCCCUGCGCUGCUCCAGCCCCUCUGUCACCCCGCCCUCCAGCUCCCCACGCAGUGGCAGCCUCCUCCUGUCCAGAGAUGUCCCCCGAGAGACCCGAAGCAGCAGCGAGAGCCUCAUCUUCUCUGGGAGCCAGGGCAGGGGGCACCAGCGCCCCACGCCCACCUCCGAGGGUCCCUCUUCUCUCCCCCUCCCCUCUCCUAGCAUCUCCAUCCCUGGUGUGGGGAGCAAGGCCUCGGGCCCCCGUGGCUCAAGUUCCCCACUGGUGGGGGACAGUAGGGUCUCCAUGCUGUCGGCAAGCCCGGCGUCUGACAUCAGCUUCAUGUUUGGAAGCACCCAGUCCCUCCUCCACUCCGGCGUCUCCAGGAAUCCAUCAUCUUCUAGAUCCUUGGAAAGCCCAGCCAGCUCUUCCUCCAGCCUCCACAGCCUUGGCUCAGUGUCCCCAUGCAUGAGACCUCGUGACUUCCAGACUCCCGGCAACCCAGCCCUGAGCAAGGGCCAGCUCAGAGCACCCCACUCCCCACCACUGGUCAAAGAGCAUGCCAGCAGCUGUCCCCCAUCUGUCACCACCUCCAUGGUGGACAUACCCAUUGUGCUGGUCAACGGCUGCCCAGAGCCAGGAUCUCCCCCACCCCAACGGACCCAGGAACACCAGGGCUCUGUCCGAUCUGGAGCUGCUUCUCCCAGCAACCCUUGUCUGGCCACCAGGAGCCACAGCCAGACGCUGCCAGACGCCCCCGUCACCACUUGCCCAGAGGGUCCCAGCAGGGACAUGCAGCCCACCAUGAAGUUUGUGAUGGACACAUCUAAAUACUGGUUUAAGCCAAGCAUCACCCGAGAGCAAGCAAUUGAGCUGCUGAGGAAGGAGGAGCCAGGGACCUUCGUCGUGAGGGACAGCUCCUCAUACCGAGGCUCCUUUGGCCUAGCCUUGAAGGUUCAGGAGGCUCCUGCAUCUGCCCAGAACCGGUCAGGCGAGGACAGCGGUGACCUCAUUCGACACUUCCUCAUCGAGUCUUCCGCCAAAGGGGUGCAUCUCAAAGGAGCAGAUGAGGAGCCCUACUUUGGAAGUCUGUCCGCGUUCGUGUGUCAGCACUCUAUCAUGGCCUUGGCCCUGCCCUGCAAACUCUCGGUCCCGCAGAAAGAGCUGGGAGGUGCCAAUGGGGCCUCAGACCCCUCUACAGACAGCCCGGCCUCCUGCCCGAUGAAAUCUGCAGGCUGCCACACCCUGUACCUGAACUCCGUGAGUGUGGAGACCCUGACCGGCACCCUGGCUGUGCGGAAGGCCAUCUCGACCACCUUCGAACAGGAUACUCUCCCCACGCCCACUGUGGUCCACUUCAAAGUCACUGAGCAGGGCAUCACCCUGACCGAUGUCCAGAGGAAGGUGUUCUUCCGGCGCCAUUACCCCCUGGGCACCCUCCGCUUCUGUGGCAUGGACCCUGAGCAACGGAAGUGGCAGAAGUACUGCAAGCCCUCCCGGAUCUUUGGGUUUGUGGCCAAGAGCCAGACGGAGCCACAGGAGAAUGUGUGCCACCUCUUCGCGGAGUAUGACACCGUCCAGCCAGCCUCACAAGUCAUCAGCCUCGUGGGCGCUCUGUUGCAGGACACAGAAAGGAUGUAG